AUGCUGCUCAGCUCUCCGGCGCUUGCUGGCAAGCGGGAGUGCGUUCUGCUGCUCGAGGAGAACAUUGCGGCCAACAGCCUGAGCGGCCGCUGUCGGGUGGCCAAGCUGGUGUGGGGCUGCGAGGACGACGAGGAGUGCGUCCUUGGGCUGGAGGGGGCCUUCGACCUCAUCUGCGGCUCCGACGUGCUCUACGCUCCAAACGCCUUUGACGACCUCCUCUCGACGCUGGUCACCUUCAGCACGCCGGGCGAGACAGAGGUGAUGCUCACGUACCCCACCCGCUACACCGAGUCCAUCUUCCUCGAGGAGGCGGCGGCGCACUUUGAGACGCUCGAGACCUUUGAGGUCGAGGGCGCCGGCGUGGAGAACGUGUAUUGCACCCGGCUGCGGCGCCUGCCGGAGGCGGAGGAGUUCUCACCAUGA